CGGGAAUCUCGAGCAGUUUCCGGGUGCAGUCGGGAAGGAUCGCUUUGCAGAUUCCACAGUAAACAGAUGAAUCCUUUCCUUUUGGAUGACUUUUAAACUUGAGUUUUGUGGCUUGUGUUAUGGCCAAAACAACUUCCAUUCCUUCUUCCAGUUUUGGCUUUGAAUACUGGUUGAAUAAGGCCGUUGAAUGGGGGCAGGCCACUACUUUGGAAUCCCAGCAAGAUAUCUGCCUGCACCUGCCUAAAUUACAAGAGUUCCUGAAACAGAUUUAUGAAGCUAUACAGCAUAUGAACACUACUGAAACAUUAAAAUUAUUUCCAAUGAUCGGUCAAUUUCUGGGUAGACUUUGCUGGAACCCUUUUGUUGUAGCACAUGAUGAAAGCCAGCAGCACCUGUUGGAAUGCUUGUGGUGUCUUUACAGUGCAGAACCUGAGAAUCUUGUGGAACAAAAGGCAAAUGACUGGAUUUGGAGCUUGCUGCAGAGUUUGACUAGUGUGGAUCAAGAAGUCAGAAGCUUUAUUCAGAGCUUACAUUUCCCAGAGGAGGACUACCAUCUUAAAUUAUUGAAAAAUGUGGUCACUUCUCUAGUGAAGCAGCUUCAAGACUAUCACUGUGACAGAAGUUCCAUAUCAUUAAGGUUACCACCAGAACGAUGGAGGAAUGUUUCUAUUCUCUGUUUACCUGUUAUCACUUUACCAGAGGUUGUUCCAUUGGUGGAAGCUCUUCUGAAUUGUAAUGAUGGCUUGGAUGAAAAUCUCAGCACAGAGUUCCUAGAAUCUGUCAGCAAUUGUCUUCUACAGAGAAAGAUCUUCCUGUCAGAGUCUGCAGUUAUGAACUUAUGGCUGCGUUAUCUUCCUAGUCUGGAACAAGCUGUUCUGCAUCUUAUUGAAUCUUUGAUGUCACAUCCAUGUGCUCCUUUAGCCGAAGUUGAAGCUAUUAUAGCAGACUCGUUACUGCCAAAAGUAUCAGCCUAUCAUCCUUCGGUGUUUAGGGUAAUUGAUAAUGCUUUCAGGGCCAUUCUACUGGAGACCGACGGAUAUCCAAAAAUUAUAACCAUUAUACAAGCAUUUACUCGAUGCUUUAUUCAGGUUCUGCCGCAGGUGCAGACUCAGAUGCCACUGAAACUCUACUUUCCAAAUAAUCAGCAAUCCCUUGUGGUAGCACUACUGACAGAUCCAUCAGAUGUUUCAUCAGCAGCCUGGUGCCGACACCUAACCACCGUUGCUCAAAUGCUGAAGAAGAUUGUGCAGGAUGAAAAAAUCAAACGAACCACUUCAAAUCUCUUUGAAAACUGGUUUUUGCUGGUUCACUUUGGAGACUGGCUGAAUGUUGCCUUACAGCAGUUGAUGACCGCGGAUGACUUCUCUGAGGUUCUCCUUUGGCUUUUGUUGUUCUACAAUAAACCACUUAUGAAAGACCAAGAAGAGAAACAAUUACUGGAGGAGCUGAAAUUUGUGUACAAUCAACUAAAAGUUCUCAGGAACAAAAGAGACUUGAAUCCUGAAGAUGUGCAAACUGCAAUAGUUACCAACAAUGUCUCCAUAAAAGAAAGUCAUCUGAAAGAUCUAAUCAAUCAGCUUCUUGUGAGCUUCCUGUUGUUUACAAACGGUGGAAUGGGAAUAGCAAGAGAUUCUGUGCAACUUUUCACCCUAGGUGGAGACUGCUUGGAUGGAAUUUCUCACCUGUUGGUUAGUACGGCGCACAGAUUACAGAACACAAAAUGCGGCAGUUUGGAAGAUAGAAUGGCGCACAUCAACAUUGAACUCCUACAAACUCAGCUUCUGCAAGCCAAAGAAUCAUGAAAGUGCAAUUAUAGUCCAAUGAUUACUUCUUUUUUUUUUGUAGAUGUUUGAACAUUUGUACUAAUACACCAGGUUGUAAGAAAUUAUGGAAGAUAUUUUCUGCAAAUAUAAAAAUAAAGCACACAAGCUUUAAGUAAUCCGGAGCAACAUACACAAAAUGCUGGAGGAACAGCAUGUCAGACCAUCUAUGGAGGAGAAUAGUCGAUGUUUCAGGCUGAGACCCUUCAUUAGGACUUGAAGGGAAAGGGGCAGAUGCUGCCUAAGUUGCUGGGUUCCUCCAGUAAUUUAUGUGUUGCUCAAGAUUCUUAGCAUCUGCAGAGUCUCUUCUGUUUAUAACAAUCUUGAUUCUGAAAUCAACAACAAUAUUGACUUAAAACAAAUUGUAACCCAAUGUCAGAUGCUGACAAAAAAGGUUAAAAAAACAUGAUUAGACCUCUGUGCUGCUUUGAUAGGAGUUACCUGCUUUCAUUUUCCUGUGUGAUACAGCCUUACUUAAAUAAAGAAAUUUAUGUUGCCUAUUUACACUUUUAUCUUGUACUCUGGAUGGUGACAAGAGGCUGUACACUAACAUUUUCCAUUCUGUUAUUUUUCAAGUUCAAAGUAAAUUUAUUAUCAAAGUACAUUACUAUUUACAACAAUGAGAUUCAUUUUCUUGCAGGCACUCACAAUAAAUACAAAGAAGCAAUAGAAUCAAUAAAAGACUACAUCUAACAUGAUGGACAAACACCAAUGUGCAAAAGACAACAAACUGUGCAAAUACAAAGAAAAAAAUAAAUGAAUAACUAAUAAAUAUCAAGAACAUGAGAUGAAGUCCUUGAAAGUGAGACCAUAGGUUGUGGGAAAAAUUCAGUGUUGGAUUGAGUGAAAUUAUCCCCUCUGGCUCAAGAGGAUGAUGGCUGAGGGAUAAUACCUGUUCCUGAAACUGGUGGUGUAGGUCCUGAGACUCCUGUACCUUCUUCCUGAUGGUAGCAAUGAGAAGAGAGCAUGACCUGGAUAAUGAGGGUCCUUGACGAUGGAUGAUGCUUUCGUGCAACAGCACUUCUUGUAGAUUUGCUCAGUGGUGGGGACGGCUUUAUCAAUGAUGGACUUGACAGUAUCCACUACUUUCUGCAGGCUUUUCCGUUCAAGGGCAUUGGUGUUUCCAUACCCAUUUUGCCAGAAGAGUACUUUUUAAAUGGUUGGAAAUGAACAAUUUCCUGAACUGUGAGUAGAACACUAAAUUUUGAUAAAAGUGUACAUUUUUACACCGACAAACUACCAAUCACUGUAGAGUGCCAAAACUACUAAAGGUAACCCCCAAAUUAGAACAGUCUGUGUCGCAAUUUUCUUUAAUGCAAACCCCCACUGAAUACCAUGUAAUGGCAAUAAGACUUGGAUGGGAUGUUCAUGCAUCUAUUGGAUUAGCAAUCACAGCUAAAGCACUCUUUAUUUGUGGUGCACUUUCUCUGACUUACCUGCAACAGCCCAAGCAAUUGCUAUAGUGAUGUCAUAUCCAAAUCUUACUGCCCCACAAUAUUAACUAAAAAUAAAAUCAAAUUUGUCGUUGCUUUUGCAUUUCCUGUUUACUUUUUUUUCCCCCCAAUAAAUUCCAUUAGUCAGCUUUUAUUCUGCUUCUCAGGUUCUUUUUGGUAGUGAUUUGUGAAUUCCAUUAGGUUGAAUUUCCAUUAACCAAAUGGUUGUAAAGAUAGAUCACCUGUAUUCUUACAAAAACUCAGAAAAAGAAAACUAAAUACAUUGGAAGCUUCUAUUUAUCCCAGUAUUACCUAAAUGUAAAGAUGAAUAUUAGAAGGCUAUUUAAACAGGUAACUAUUUAAAAAUGUCAGACUUUCCAAUUAAUAUUUUAUAUUCAUUCGCACAGAAGACAUCAUACCAGACCUUUCAUGAAACAAACAAUGAGUUAAAGAAAUCAGUAAAAAAAAAAUUAGUGGCAAUAAAGAUGGAGAAAUUCCAAGACCUGAAUACAAACCUGAGGUAGAAACAAUACAAAUAAGCAAGAGAUUGCAGGCACUACAGGAAAGAGUAGUACAGCACAUCACAAUGAAAUUCAAUGCAGUCCAUCAACUGUUUGAAGAGCACUCUCUCAAGCCUGCUCCUUCUAAUUUUUCCAAAAACGUGAUCUCAUUCGGGAGCUUAGAUUUGUAAAGUGUACAUUUCAAGUCAAAUAAGGUGAUAGUUUUCUGCAAGAAUGAAACAUUGUAGAUAGGAGACUGCCUAUCGACAUGAUUGAUGUGCAUUUUCUAAAACCCCUGUUGAAAGUUCCACAAAAGAGCUUAGAUACAAUUAAAGCUCAUUAAAACAAUUUAUUGACCUGCUUUGAGGUCUGGUCAGCAGUAGGGAGCAUGGAUUAGAGAUUAUGUUAAGUUCAGCAAUGCCAUUCAGGGGAGAAAUUUUUAAAAACUUCACCACACAAUGGCUGGUAGAGAUGCAAAGUUAUAUCUCAAAAGCAGAUUCUGGUUUAAAUCAAUACAGUUUUAACAUAAUUAUGAAAAUAGGAUGGUUGGAAUUGGAUUACAGGUGAUGUCAUUGGUUGGAACAACAAAAUGAUUUCCAUUUCCUCGGAGAAAAGAAGUUAUACAAAAUUUUCAUUGUUUUCCUGAAAAUAUAUUGCAGGAAUGAAACUUCUAUCAAAUGGUCUAUCCACUUCACCCUGAAGUAUAAAUAUGCUGAUUAAUCACCAAUGGUGUAACUAUUUCAUAGUAAGCAACAUAUUGAAAUGCACUAAAAUGUAAUCAUCUACACUCUGAAUUUUAUCACUAUUAUUAUAACCAAAUUCAGGAACUUGCUACCUAAAAACAUUGUGGAAUUCCCCAUCGCUAGAACAGCAACUAAGGAUGGGCAACAAAUACUGGCACUGACAAUACCCUUUUUAAAAAGUUUUUAAUCUUUAAGAAGUCCCUAAUGAAUUCAGAGGAAGGCUUAUUACACUAAGGGGUUCAAAACAAGGACAAUAUUAAAUGAUGGUUUAGUUUGGGGAUCCAGUAUGAAUCUCUAUUAGACCAAGGAGGCUAUAAUUGCUUCUUUCCACUGAUUUUUCUUUAACGUUCACAAUCCCUCCACAAUGUGCCUGACAUUGGGCCUGACUCCUGUUCCUGCUGAACUGAGCCAGUGUGUGAUAUUGUAACUGAUAUCAGUUCAGUAGGCACAAGAGAUCAGGUCCACUUCUUGGAAGGGAUUGAACAGAUAGAGGACGUUGAAGAAUAUCUAAAAUGGAAGUAUUAAUACAAUAUCAUAGGUACUGGAACAAUACAGUGCAGACAAUAUAUAGAUUUAAUUUUCCUUUAAGAUUCUUUGAAUCCUUCUGGACCUGCUUUCAGCCAGUUAGCAGUCCUUUACAGCUUCAUUAGUUUUGGUCAAAUGCAGGCAGAGUUACAGGUUACAUUUUGCCAUACUCACAAGAAGCCAUCCCAAAACAUAAUCUGGACCUUUCAGAUGGAGUAAAUUCAACCACAAAUUUAUCAUUUGAAAUCAUGGAUAACAGGAGAUGAGUUCUUGAUUUCAUAGUCCAUCAGGAAGGAAGGUAGCUGUACGGUGGAGUAUUUACUUUGGAUAAACAUUAGCAGACCAGUCUUCCUAAGACCAUAAUAAAGAUAGAAGCAGAAUUAGGCCAUUCAGCCCAUUGAGUCUGCUCUGCUAUUUAAUCAUGACUGAUCCAGUUUCCCCUCUCAACCUUAUUCACCCAGUGACCUGGCCUCCACAGCCACCUGUGGUAAUGAAUUUCAUAGAUUUGCUACCCUCUGGCAAAAAAAUCCCUGCUCUGGUCCAAUUGACUUAUCCAUCUUCAGAUCUUUCAGCUUCCCAAGCUCCUUCUCCUUAGUAAUAGCAAAUACACUCACUUGGGCUCCCCGAACUUUCGGCACACUGCUGGUGUCUUCCACACUGAUGACACAUGCUAAGUAUUUAUUUUGUUUAUCCACCAUUCCACGUUCCCCAUCGCUGCCUUUUCAGUGUCAUUUUCCAGCCCUCUGAUAUCUACUCUUUCCUCUCUAUAUAUCUGAAAAAAAGUUUGAUAUCCUCUUUGAUAUUAUUGGUUAGCAUACCUUCAUAAUUCAUCUUUUCCCUGCUUAUGGCUUUUUUUGGAUGCCCUUUGCUUGGUCUUUAAAAGCUUCCCAAUCUUUUAACUUCCCAUUAAUUAUUGUUCUAUUUUAUGCCCUCUCUUUUGUUUUUAUAGUGCUUUUGAUUCCCCUUGUUAGCCACAGUUGCAUUAUCCUGCCUGUAGAAUACUACUUCUCUUUAAGGCUGCAUCUGUCCGGUGCCUUCCAAAUUCCUUGCAGAAACUCAUGCCAUUACUGUUCUGACAUCAUCCCUGCUAAGGUCCCCUUCCAUUUAACUUUGGCCUGCUCCUCUCUCAUGCCUCUAUGAUUUCUUUUAUUCCACUGUAAUAUUGAUUAAUUUGACUUUAGCUUCCCCCUUUCAAACUGCAGGGUGACAUCUAUCAUGAUCAUUGGCUCCUAAAGGUUCCUUCACCUUAAGCUCUCUAAUCAAAUCCAGUUCAAUACACGACACCCAAUCAAGAAUAGCCUUUCCCCCUAGUGACCACAACCACAAGCUACACUAAAAAGCUAUCUUGUACAUAUUCUACAAAUUCUCACAUUUGGGAUCCCAGUAUCCACCUUAUUUUCCCAAUCUACCUGCAUACUGAAAUCCCACAAGACUAUCUUAACACUGCCAUUUUGAUAUAUGUUUUCAGUUUCCAGUUGUAAUUUGUAGCCCACAUCCUGGUCACCAUAUGAUGGCCUGUAUAUAACUCCCAUCUCGGUCUUUUUAACCCUUGCAGUUUCUGAACUCUAUCCACAAGGAUUCUGUAUUUUCCAAUUCUAUGUCAUAUCUUUCUAAGGAUUUGAUUUUUUGUUUGCCAACACAGCCAUGCCACCCCCUCUGCCAACCUGCCUGAUCUCGAUACAAUGUGUAUCCUUGGAUGUUAAGCUUCCAGCUAUAAUCUUCUUUCAGCCACGACCCAGUAAUGCACACAUCAUACCAAUCUCAACUGCAGUACAACAUCAUCUACCUUAUUCCAUAUACUGUAUGCAUUCAAAUAUAACACCUUCAGUCCUGUAUUUGUCACCCUUUUUGAUUUUGACCCCAUGUUACACUCAUCCUGCAAUUUUGCCCUAUCAUCUAUCUGGCUGUCCUUCCUAACAGUCUCACUGCAUCCCUACAUGUCUUUGGUACCAAUACAUACCAAAACUUCUGGUUGCUCCCCCUCUCCCUCUAGAAUGUUGUGGACCUGAUCCAAGAUGCCCCUGAUCCUGGCAACUGGGAGGCAAAAUGUCACCUGGGUGUCUCUUUCAUAUUCACAGAAUCUCCUGUCUACCCCUCCAACUAUGAAAUCCCCUAUCAUGACUGCAGUCCUCUUCUCUGCAGCACCCCGAGGUAGACUGUGCCCCUUAAAAGUAUUAAAAGCAGUAUAUUUGUUAUUGAAAGGAAUAGCCACAGGGAUACUUCGCUUUGGCUAUCCAUUUCCUUUCCCUCUGACAGUCACCCUUGUGCCUGCCUCCUGCAUAUCAUAUGAAAAGCUGAAAGUUUAAAAAAAAAACUGCUGUCUUAACAUUUUCCUUGCAGGUUUAACUUUCAAUGAAUGCAAAAAAGUUUGUCAACCAGCAAAAGAUGCAGCCUCAGCUUCAGUGUAUGAAGGAUCAAUCCAAAAAAUGGGAUUAGAAGAGUUGAAAAUAUGAGAAACCGAAGUGUUGUACUGAUUCCAGAUGAAAAAGUCUCUGGUUCAUUUUCAAUGAUACCGCUCAUAAAGAACUGAUGGGCAAGUGAACAGUCAAAGUUGUUUCCCCUUCUGCUGCUUUUGCUAAGAGAUGGUUGAUGGAGACCAAGGACAUCAGAACAAUUAUUUUCAAUAACUUAUUUAAUUACCUUGUUAAUCAGGGAAGGUGGACAUAUAUUGUAUAUAUGGCUAUUUAUCCAAAUCUUGCAGUGCAAAUCUAAUAAAGGUUCUCAACCCAAAACACGACUGUUUAUUCAUUUCCUUAGAUGCUGCCCGACCUGCUGAGUUCCUUCAGCAUUUUGUAUGUGUUACUCUGGAUUUACAGCAUCUGCAGAAUCCCAUGGGUUUAUUACUCUGUCAUUAGUGGCUUGUUAAACACACUCCAUCACAUUACCAUGAACAAAUAGAGUCAUAGACCACUACACCACAGGUCCUUCAGCCCACCUAAUCAGUGCUAAAUCCCAUCAGCCUGCACCUGGACCAUAAGCCCUCCAUGCCCCUUGAAGUUGACCCUGCACUCACCACUUGUGCAGGCAGUUCAUUCCACAUUCACCCCCCUGAGUGAAAAAGUUAUUCAUGGUCCCUUCAAACAUUUCAUCUUCCAUCCUUAAUCCAUGGCCUCUAGUUCUCAUCUCACCCAACUUCAUUGAAAAAGGCCAUUCUAUACCCCUCAUAAUUGUGUAUCCCUCUAUCAAAUCUCCCCUCGAUCUUCAAUGUUCUUGGGAAUAAAGUCCUAACCUACUCAACGUUUCCCUAAAACACAGGUUCUCAAGUCCUGGCAACAUCCUUGUGAAUUUUCUCUGCAAUACUUCUAUCUUAUUUAUAGCUUUCCAGCAGGUAGGUGAACACAACUGGACACAAUACUCCAAAUUAGGCCUCAUUAAUGUCUUAUACAAUUUCAAAAUAACAUUCUAACUCCUGUACUCAAUAGAUUUAUGAAGACAAUUAUGCCAAAACUUUCCUUACAAUCUACCUGUUAUGUCACUUCCAAGGAAUUAUGGAUCUGUGUUCCCAGAUAUCUCUGUUCUACCACUCCUCAGUACCCUACUGCUCAAUGUGUAAGACCUACCCUAGAUGAUUUUCCCAAAGUGCACACAUCACACUUGUCUGCAUUAACUUCCAGCUGAUCUAGAUCCUGCUGCAAGCUUUGAUAGUCAUCUUCGCUGUCCACUACACCUCCAAUCUUGGUGUUAUUUGCAAAUUUGUUGAUCCAGUUUACCAUAUUAUCAUCCAGAUCAUCAGUGCAAGUAGCAUACAACAAUGUACCCAGCACUGAUCACUGCGGCACACCACUCAUCACAGACCACCAAUCAGAGAGGCAACCAUCUACAAUCGCUCUGGCUUCUUCCGCAAAGACAAUGCCCAAUUUAAUCUACUACUUCACCUAGAAUAUCAAGCAACUGAACCUCCUUGACCAACUCUGCAGGUUCUUUCUUUUAACUUAGACCCUAACACACUGAAUUCACUGUAGUCCAUGUAGACAACAUCCACUGUCUUGCCUUCAUCACCCUUCCUUAAAAAACUCUGUAAGAUUGAUUAGACAGAACCAACCACGCAUGAAGCCACUUUGACCAUCUCUAAUCAAUCUUUUUCUACCCAUAUACUCAUACUCAUACACAGUCGCUUAGAAUUAUCUUCCAAUAACUUUCCCACUAAUGAUGUCAGGCUCACCAACCUAUAAUUUCCUGGCUUAUUCAACAUUACUAUCCUCCAGCACCUCAUCCAUGGCUAAGAAUGUUUUGAUGCCAAUAUAUAUCUAGGAUGCACUGGGACACAUCAGUGAUAUAACCAGGGGUCAUCAGGUAUUUCAGUUCUUUCAACAUCAGUUACUCUCACCCAGGUGACCCAGCCAGGGCUGAUCAGGCCCUGGCUUGUGUCCCAGCAGCAUUGGCCCAUGUUUUAACUCUCUGCUAGGGCCCUGCAAUUUCUGCACUAGCCUCCCACAGGGUCAGAGGGAACACAGUAUCAGGCCCUUGGGAUUUUUCAGAAAUAAUUUGCCUCGAAAUAGCAAGCACCUCCUGCUCUGUAAUCUGGAUAGAAUCCAUGACCUCACUGCUGCUUUGCUUCAUAUCAUUAGACUCUUGUGUCCAGCACAAGAUUACAUAUAGAAUCAUAAAUAUCUAUUUAAGACCACCCCACAUCUCUUUUGAAUUCUCUUUCACCUUGUCUGCUAGAGCAAACUCAUAACUUCUUUUAGCCCUCCUGAAUUUCAUAUCAAGUGUUCUCUUGUAUUUUUACACUCAAGAACCUCACUUGUUCCUGCCUGCCCAUGGCAGCUAUGCACCUUCUUUUUCAUAACCAGGGCCUCAGUAUCUCUCAAAUACCAAGGUUCCCUAAACCUGUGGUCUUUGCUUUUUUUCCCGACAGGAACAUACAAACUCCAUACUCCCAAAAUUUCACUUUCGAAGACCUCCCACCUACCAAGUAUACCUUUACUAGAAAAAAACCUGUCCCAAUCCACACUUCACAAAUCCUUUCAGAUGCCAUCAAAAUUGCCCUUUCUCCAAUUUAGAAUCUCAACCCGAGAACCAGACCUAUCUUUUUCCAUGAUUACCUUGAAAAUAAUAGUACUAUGAUAACUAGGUGCAAAGUGCUCCCCUACACAAACAUCUGCAACUUGCCCUGUCUCAUUCCCUGAUAGAAGAUCUAGAAUCACACUCUCUCUAGCUAGGACUUCUAUGUACUCAUUAAAGAAACUUUCCUGAACAUAUUUGACGAACUUUUCCAUCCAGCUUUUACGAGAGUAUGCAACUCUAGUUUAAACUUCACUAUGUAGCAUUAACAAACCUUCCCGCUCGAAUAUCAGUCCUCCAGUUCAGGCAGAAGCCAUCCCUCUGUACAUGUCCUACCUUCCCUUGAAGAGAACCCAAUGAUCCAAAAACCUGAUGCCCUCUCUCCUACAUCAACUCAUUAGCUACGUAUUAAACUGUAUAAUCUUCCUAUUUCUGGCCUCACUAGCGUGUGGCAUGGGUAGCAAUCCUGAGAUUCCAACCCUGGAGGUCCUUUCUUUUAACUUAGCCCCUAACUCCCUGAAUUCACUUUCCAGAACCUCAUCAUUCUUCCUACCCAUGUCAUUGGUACCAAGGUGGCCCAUGACCUCUGGCUGCUCACACUCCCACUUAAAAAUGCCUUGGACUCGAACAGAGAUGUCCCUUGUCUCUAGAAUCUGGGAGGCAACGUACUAUCCAGGAAUUUAAUUCUUGGCCAAACCACCUCCUUUUAGGUUCUCAUAACCAAGGAAUCCACUAUCACUACAGCUUGCCUUUUCUCCCCACUUCCCUUCUGAGCCACAGAGCCAGAGCAGUCGGGAUUCAGUGCUGGAGACUGGACCGCUGUGGCCUUCCUCUGCUAGGUCAUCCACCCAGCAGGAUACCUGCCGCUGAGCAGAAUGGCCACAGGGGUACUCUGCAUUGGUUGCCUUUCCCUCUUCCCCCUACUGACAGCCACCCAGUUAGCCCUGCACCUUGGAUGGAACUACCUCCCUCUAUGUCCUGUCUAUCAACCCCUUCAGCCCCCUGAAUGAUCCAGAGUUCAUUCAGUUCCAGCUCCAACUCCUUAACACGGUGUGACGGAAUCUGCAGCUGGAUGCACUUUUUGUAGGUGCAGCCAACAGGGACACUGGAGGUCUCCCUACCUUUCUACAUUUGGCAACAGGAGCAUUCCAGUACCUUGUCUGGCAUCUCCGCUGCUCUAAAGGUGCAAGAAAUAAGGAAAGAAUAAAUAACAAAACAAAUUUGCUCUUCUCGCCAAAGCCUUGAUGAACCAAAGCUUCAACUCCCCACUCACACAAUGGUUGCUCCACUUAAACAUAACUCUUAUUUUAUUAGCCCAUGCCAGUUGCCUAAUUACGCACAACCCACUGUCUCCAUGGGACUGUGGCAUGCAAAAUGAGCCAACUGUCGCUUCUAUUUCUUUUAAAUUUU